AAGUCUUAUCUCGUAGCAGUUGAGUUUGGUAAUCAGGGAAGCUGUUUUACUCGAAUUCCAUGGAAGCUACGAUGGACCCUACAAAGAAACCUCUCGCAAAAUACUCAAACGAAGUUUUUCGCAAAGGCUCUUUGGUUCUUUCUUUCAUUUCAAUUCUAAUGAUUGUUGCGCUGUUCUUGAGAAUGGAAACAAUAAACAGGAGAACGAAGAUGAACGAACUUCGCAUUUUAGAUGUCGAAAGUUGCAUAAAGACGCACGCUUUGACGAAUAGAAGAAAUGAAAACGUCGAGGGCAAGACCACAACGUCAACAGUUUCCGAUGAAAAAAGCAGCAAAUUUCGCCGGAGUUUGACACCAGACAGUAACAAACCUUUGACGAUGGAAGACGUACGAAGUGAGAUCAUCAAGCAAAUCAGUCAAAUGCAACCAGCAUCUUUUUGUCAGCCGUCUGAGAAAGUCUGCGUCCAAGGUCCUCCUGGUAAGAAAGGGAGCCGAGGUUCCCGAAGAAGGCGAGGACCUCCAGGACCGAAGGGAAAGAGAGGUGAACAGGGCAUCAUGGGCUUACCUGGAAGACACGGCAAGCAAGGCAUCAGGGGAGACAAAGGCCUGGAAGGAGAAAAAGGUAGAAAAGGCGCGUCUGGCCCGCGUGGAAUGAUGGGGCAGAAAGGAGAACCAGGGGAAAGCGCCUCCUUGCCAGAUGUGACCAUAGCACCUGAGACUAAAACAGUAACUGAGAACCAGACUGCCAGAUUCUACUGCUCAGCGAGAGGGCAUCCAAAGCCUGUGGUGACGUGAAGUAGAGUCAAUGGUUCGUCUGCGGUUAAGCGCGUCAACAUCAAUCAAAAUGGCCUCCUAGAAGUUUUAAAAUCAAAUAUAAAUGACUCUGGGGAGUACGUGUGUUCAGCAGUUAAUGUUCUGGGGAAGGACAGCAAGACUGCAAAGCUUUUCGUUGAAGUUGCACCACGAUUGACCAAAGAACCAGAUCUCUUUCUGUCCUUCGAGAAAGGCACCGUGGCAGAAAUAACCUGUGAAGCCCUUAGUUACCCGUCGUCUGUCAUCACAUGGAAACGCAUACUCAUGGCAUUGCCAAAAGGUCGAUAUUCUGUUCAUAAUGGCACUUUAAGAAUCAGAGACUUCUCCAAGACAGAUUCCGGGCUGUACGUUUGUACUGCGACGAACAAACUUGGAUCCGUUUCAGCUGUUACAACGUUAACGCUAAGAUAUAAGGAAAAACCA